GUGAUGACUCUUUGAGGACUUUGAGGACUUACUGACUUUGGGAGUAGCAGAAACCGCCACCAUGCCUGCGAAGCCUGCCCCUAUCAAGAAGGCAGCCCCGAAAGAGCCUGCUCCUAAGAAGGAGGAAGCACAUGCCCCUGCACCCGCUGAGGCUGAUCCUGCUGAAGUUGCUCCCCCUGCCGAGGUCGAAGCUCCACCGGCAGAGGCUGCCCCAGUCGAAGCAGCUGCCCCUGCCGAGGGAGAGGCCCCUGUGGAGGCAGCUCCCGCAGAACCCGCGCCUGAGGAGCCCAAAGCACCCACACCCCCUCCUGCAGAUGCCGCUGCUAAGCCUGCUGCAGAGGAAGCUGCUACUCCAGCUGCUGUAGAGGUGCCCACAGAGCCAGAUGCCGCUACUGCGCCCGCCGAGCUCGCUGCCGAAGGCAAGGAAGCUGCAGUUCUAGCCGCCGCAGACGCUGAGGCACCUGCCGAGGCUGCCGCCCCUGCUGCAGAGGAAGGCACCCCCGCGGCUGAUGCUGCUGCUGAGGGUGCGGCACACCCUGAUGCUGCUGCUGCCGAUGCGGCCUCCAUAGAGGAACCCCCCAAAGCACCUACCCUCCCUCCACCCCCACCCCCAAAAGAGCCCACCAGUGAGCCCCUGGAAGUGACAGUGGAGGAUAAGAGCGACACUUCAGUCACCAUCACCUGGAGUCCUCCAAAGACCAUUCCAGACAACUCUGGCCUGGAUGGAUACACCGUGGAAAUCACCAAGGAGGGAACUGAAGACUGGAAAGCAGCCAACGAGGUUCUGACCAUAUCCUGCCGUUAUGUCAUCAAGAACCAGACUACCGGCGACCGUCUACUGAUCCGGGUGGUUGCUGUAAACCCUGGUGGCCGCAGCCCCCCUGCUACCAUCACCGAUCCCGUUCUGGUCAAGGAGGUUGGGGCUCGCCCCAAAGUCCGCCUGCCUCGUUUCCUGAGGCAGAGGUAUGUCAAGAAAGUCGGUGAGAAGAUCAACCUUGUCAUCCCCUUCUCUGGUAAACCUAAGCCAGUCAUUAGCUGGUUAAAGGAUGGAGAGCCCCUUGACCCAAAGAGGGCCAAUGUCCGUACAUCUGACAGAGACAGCAUCCUGUUCAUCCGUCAAGCAGAGAGAGCAGACUCUGGCUCAUAUGAGAUGUGCGUGAAGGUGGACGACUUUGAGGACAAAGCUGCUAUCAUCAUCCAGAUUAUUGAGUUGCCUGGGCCACCAGCCAGCAUUAAGAUUGUGGAUGUCUGGGGAUUCAACGUUGCUCUGGAGUGGACCGUACCCAAAGAUAACGGAAACACAGAGAUCACAGGCUACACUGUCCAGAAGGCUGACAAGAAGACCGGGGACUGGUUCAACAUUUUGGAGCACUACGCAAGAUUAAACGCUACCAUCUCAGACCUCAUCAUGGGCAACACCUACACCUUCAGGAUCUUUGCAGAGAAUAAGUGUGGACUCAGUGAGGAAUGUGCUGUGACCAAGGGAGAAGCCACCAUUGUGAAGGAGGUUAUUGACUACAAACCUACCCCGUUCGUGGAGCGUGACUUCACAGAGGCUCCCAAGUUCACCACUGUUCUGAACGACAGGUCCACCACUGUUGGCUACAGCACCAAGCUGCUGUGCUCUGUGAGGGGAUGCCCCAAGCCUAAGAUUGUGUGGAUGAAGAACAAGAUGAUUCUCAACAACAUGGACAACCCCAAGUACAGGAUGAUCAGCACAGGGGGCAUCUGCACCCUGGAGAUCCGUAAGCCUGGCCCAUACGACGGUGGCGAGUAUGUCUGCAGAGCCGAGAAUACAUUGGGGAAGGUCGACACUGGCUGCAAGCUGGAGGUCAAAAAGCCUGUGUAUGCAGACGCUGACAAAGACAAGGAGGAGGAAGAGUAAAUGAACAUGCAUAUAGUCCCAAAUUAGAAGCAAGCGGAAUGAGGCCUUUAAAAAAAGGACGGUUCUGGAUGCUGGAAAAAACAUGUACAUAUGACUGGAGAGAACAAACAAUGAAAUGGUUAAUACCUACAACCGUUGUAUCCUACCCUACCCUUUCCUUUCCUAUCCUAUAUUUAUGAAGAUUAAACAUUUUUUUGCCUUUAUUUUUCUUCCUUAGUACUCUCUGGUACAGAGUUCAUAUCCAUGUCCACAACCAACUCAGAUGUCAACUGUCUGUGUGACAUUGUAAUUCUGAAUAGGUCUCCAUUAUAUAAAACAAAUCCAUUGUUCCUGAUUGGAGAUUAAAGACGUAAAACCUCAGAAUGUUUGUUACAAUAAAUAUUUUGAUUUA